GAAGCGCGGAGCCUCUCGGGAGUUGUAGUUCUGGGUGCGGGAGAUGUUGGUAGAGGUUACCCAGAAAGGUCCCCCUCCCACAACCUUUUAACCUUUGACCUCAGCGACCCUGGGCCUCCCCUUCCCCUACCAGGCCUAAAUACGUUAUUGCAGUGCGCCGGAGAAGCAGAAGCAGAAGCUGCCGCCCAGGGCCAGGACUUUGAACAAGGUUUCCCAUCCGUGUAGAGAUUUUGGCAUAAAGGGAGCUGGUGGUUAGAGCAUCUUGCUGACCUUGCAUUUAAGGUUCUGAUGUUGGUGCCUGUUUCAAGAACCCUAUUUACAACUCUGCUGCAGAAUCAUAAGGUGUUCUAUCAGAUCUCCAGAGGCAUGAGACUGGUCCAGUUCCAAACCCCUCACCUGAAAGGGCCUCACCUGGGACUAGAGGAGAAGGAUGGUGGUGGGGUGAUUGACCUCAGUGCCUUUGACCCUGGCCUGCCCAAGACCAUGAGGGAGUUCCUAGAACAGGGAGAAACUGCCCUCUCUGUGGCAAGAAGAGCUUUGGAAUCUAAGCAGCCAGUUCUGAAACGGUCAGAGGUUACUUUUCUGGCCCCCAUCACCCAGCCAGACAAAGUGGUGUGUGUGGGCAUGAACUAUGUGGACCACUGCAAGGAACAGAACGUGCCGGUGCCGACAGAGCCCAUCAUUUUCAGCAAGUUUAGUAGCUCUAUCGUGGGACCCUACGAUGAUGUUGUCCUGCCUCCUGAGAGCAAAGAGGUGGACUGGGAAGUGGAACUGGCAUUUGUCAUUGGAAAGAAAGGCAAACAUAUUAAGGCCACAGAUGCCAUGGCUCAUGUGGCUGGGUUCACUGUGGCACACGAUGUGAGUGCUCGUGACUGGCAAAUGAGGCGCAAUGGGAAGCAGUGGCUGCUUGGAAAAACCUUCGACACCUUCUGCCCUCUGGGUCCUGCCUUGGUGACCAAAGAUUGUGUAGCAGAUCCGCACAACUUGAAGAUCUGUUGCCGAGUGAAUGGGGAGGUAAUGCAAAGCAGCAGUACUAACCAAAUGGUGUUUAAGACAGAAGACCUAAUAGCGUGGGUCUCACAGUUUGUCACCCUGUAUCCUGGGGACGUCUUCCUGACUGGGACCCCACCAGGUGUUGGUGUGUUUAGGAAACCGCCAGUGUUUCUCAAGAAAGGAGAUGAAGUCCAAUGUGAGAUUGAAGGAUUGGGAACCAUCAUCAACAGGAUGGUGUGAUACCAUUACUCCUGGGACUGCCAAGCUCUAUUUCUUAGCCAGUCUUUGCUGAUCAGCCCCACAACUCUUCUUUCUACUUCUUCUUUGCCAUAAAGGCACUGAGAAGUGCAUAUUAUAAAGAGGAAGAAAGUGAUCUGUUGAAUGCCUUCAGCAUCAUGGAACAUCACC